CUUGUUUUUAGCUGGGCUGAAGCUGCUCGUCGCCCAUCUUCAGACUAGUUGUUGUAAAAGAAAUCCGCGGUUGUUACCAGCCAGGUCAAAUGAGCGGCUAUAUAGUUGAAACAUCAAAAGACACCACAGAUUGAUUGCAGAAAGCACCGGCUUGGAGCCUUGCACGAUGGCUUCCGCUUCAGGAGCUUUGCCAAGCAAUGCAGUGACCGUGGACCAGCUCACUGGACGGCCACUGGUCAAGAGCUCCGUCCCCGAGGCGCCUCGGAUCAACGACGCGCGGAGGGAAGAGGUGGAGAAUCAAUUCCGGAAGCUUCGACAGAGCGUCCUGAUCUGGGAAGUCGUCGGCGGCGCCCGCGAGGGAGGCUUGGUGGUCCGGGAAGGGCACAGCCUCACCUCCACGGGGAUACGACCCCAGCUGCGGUGCGGGUCACUGGUGCGCGAGCUCGCGGAUAAGGGCGAACGGAUUUGUUACCAACUACUUCAAGGGAAUGGACCCAGUGCUGGGUGGGUGAGCAUCAAGGUGAAGAAGACCGAGAUGUUGGCCUCCAUCUCAAAGAAGCCAUCGAAAGAGGGCGAGGUCCAACUGCUCAUCCGAAGACUGGCAAUGUUGCCCUUGCCACUGCAGAAGGUGCUGAAUUUCCCAGUGCUCUCAUGCAAGCAGAUUACCGAAUACAUCUACGAACCCCGUGUGGGUCUAUUGGAUCGCAACGCGAAAGAAAAUGAUACUUACUGGCUGCAAGCAGCACUGAACACGAAGCCUUCACUCUCCUGGGAAGCUGGCGUGCCAGGCUUCUUUCCCCAUGACGCGGUCCUGCGCUCGAUGCUGCAAGAUCCACAACUGAGUCCCGUGCGGCGCUGCUUCCCGGGGCCGGAGGGCAAGUACAUGCCCAGCAUGGACCCGGUCACUGGGCUCAUGCCAGAUACAGUGAAUGUGAUCUACUUCAUCGAGAACGUGGAGAAGGACCUCCGGACCACCACCCUCCGUGGCGCCGUCCGCUUCGGCGCGCAGGCCACGCAGUCCAUGAGCAGAGGUGAGCCGGAGGAGGACGGCGAGUUCGCCCCCGGCGUGCACGGAGGAGCGGAGGCCAUGCUGUUGGCGGAUGCGGCCGUGUAUUUUGCUCGGUUGACUUGGAGAAGCAACGCCAUGCUCAAGAAGAUCAGCUGCCAGUUCAGCAAGCCGUGCCCUUGCUUCGAAACCUUGGAAAUCUCCGUGAACUUGGGUUUGGAAGAGGAGAGUGCGUACAACUUCGGCGGCCUCACCGCCAAGGUGAAUUUGAAGUUGGACAAGCAGCUCAUCUCCUUCGCGGAGGUGGCCUUGGUCUCCUUUCCAAGCAAACCCAUGCGCUUACCGGCAGACCUGCCUCCUCGAUGUGCCUUAGCGCCACCAGGCGUGGACUGGGUCCCAGCAGAGCUGGCACAGUCGCGCUUGCCGAAGGUCGGCAAAGCCACACCCUACACCCAUGACGAGUACAUGGCCGCCGCCUUCGAGCGGCCGCGCAUGGCGUGGCCCUCCUCCUGUGCGGCGGUCGAGGAGGUGGGCCGAGAAGAGCUGGAGCGGCAGCGGGGUCGGAGGAAGC